CAGAAGCUAUUAUUCCAGAGAUUAGGCUAUCUAUUUGUUAACCGAAGCCAAACAAUUCAAACACUGGUCAGCUGGUAUAAAAAUCAGUGCGAAAGAAACAGAGAUGAAGCGGAUAAAAAAAGAUGAGACUGAAGAUAAGCAAGUGAACAAGAAAGAAAAGAUAGAAUGGAGACGAGAGAUUUGUGCAUAUUCAGUUGGCAAAUGUAUCAAGGUUACUGGUGGAGGAGAAAAUCGUAAAUGUUACUAUGAGACAUUUCAGUUUCGUGGCACCCAAUAUAGUCUGGAGGACACAGUGCUUUUGGAUCCGUAUGAGUCAAAGAAAACCAACUAUAUCGCAUUGAUCAAGGAUAUUUAUGUUAAGAAAAAAGAUGGAUUUGUGAAGAUCUUGGUGCAGUGGUUUUAUCGCCAAGAAGAUAUUAAAAUAAAACAUGCUGGAAAGUGCGAAUCUGGAGACUCGGAGGAAAUUUUCUUCAGUUUUCAUCAGGAUGAGGUAUUUGCUGAAUCUGCGAGAAGCAAAUGUCUUGUGUAUUUCGUGCCAGAUGACAAGCAAAGUUCAAACCUUACGAAGCCUCCUGACUUCAUCGUGCAAAAGGUUUAUGACAAUAUCAGUAAAAAGUUGAGGAAGUUCUCUGAUGAAGGCUUUAGUGUGCAUCAAAAGUUUGAGAUUAGCACUCUCCUGGCAAAGACGAGUUCAAGAACUGGUGAUUCCUCUGACAUUAAGAAAGUCCCAAUAGUGUCAAAGAGUGAAAGAUCCGUAAGGAAAAGAGAUGUCUCAGAAGCUGAGAUAGCGAAUUCUGAAAACAAUACUGAGGUUAAUUUGUUUGCUUAUAAGUCGGCCAAUGAUUUGGACCGUGACAAGAGAGUCGGUGAGCUUUUGCAAGCACUGUUUAAGCACAUAUGUUGUGCAAGUAAGGAGAAGGAAUAUGGUAUUAAGUUUGUGUCAUCGGAUAAUGUUGUUGAGGUGGUCUUGUCUCUUGAGGAGGCUUUAUAUGAUUCUUUUGCAGAUGAUAUACCAAAGUAUAAUUACAAGUUGGCGCUUCUAAUUGAGAAAUUCAAGAGCUCAAAAGUAUUAGUUGAAAGAAUUCUCACUGGCGAAUUGAAACCUGAACAAGUUACAAAGAUGCAGGGCUACGAGCUAAUCAUGGCUGAUUUCGAAGAACCAAAAACAGUGGAAGAUGCUGCUAAUGAUGUCGAGUGGACAUCAAUACAGUGAAUUACUAAUCAUCAAAUGGCAGAGCUCAAGGAUCGUCGAAAUGGGGUUAGGUAGACUUGUGCACUGUUGCAGAGCUCAAGACUCCAAGCUCAUCAUCAUCAAAGGCUCACUCAACUACACAGUUGAAUGGAUCUUUUCUAUUUCUUAUUUCUGAACUAUGUUUUUGAAUUUUAUUUAUGUUUCUGCUAUUUCAGUACUUUGGU